AUGGCAUUCUAUAAUGACCCAUUCAAUGAAGUCUCGUAUGUCGAAUUGAACAAAAGGCGACGCGGCGACGCGGCUCGACACGAAGGAGACAAAUUGGUGAAUCGAAUGAAUCGGCCCAAGGUCAAGAAGAUUUACAUCAAACGGAAUGGAGAGGAUAUUUACGAAAAACCGAAAUUGUUUGUAUGGAGGCAAUGGCAGUCUCCAAAGUUGGAACAACUUCUGGAAGAUGUGGGGCCAUACGUUGGGAUGGAUGAUGGUGCAUCUGCUAUUUACACUUUAGAAGGAGAAGAAAUCAUAGAUCCCGAUGAAAUCAAUGAUCUCGGCACCUAUUACAUUUCAGGAGACGAAUCGCUUAUGCUACCAGAACCAAAUGAUCGACGACGAUCCAGUGAUCCAGAUGUUAUGACUUCCCGAGGAGAGAACAAUCAUUCCAGAUACACUUCCCUUUCUGCUCCAGAAUAUUAUACUUCUAACUCUGUGAGGUCUACGUAUCCUGCAAAUUUGACCGUUCCCCCAACACCUCCACCUCGACCUUACACUUCUGUCCAAAAAACCAAAAAAGCAACGACAAAAGCAAGAGAAGUCGACAUGACCCAAUAUGAUUCAUAUUAUGACGAUGCACUUCAGGAUGUGAGAAAUAGAAGAGCCGCAUAUCAGCCUAGAAAUUUCGACACCACCAUGGAUUUCUUUGAAGGAAAUCCGCAUUCCAGUGAAUUCGACAACGAGGAAACCAUACGAAAAGACAAGCAGGCUCUGGAAAAACAUCGACAAAAAAUGGCAAACCAUUCAAGAAGAUUGAGCACCAUGAUAUUCAAUCGUAAGGAUCAAACUCAUCCCGACGUCUACCUUAUCUAUGUAUUCCUGAACGGACAAGGAAUGGAGUGCCAGUUUAUGAAUUUUCAAAGAAAGCAGUUGGAAAAAGGAAUGAACUAUGUUUUGGAGUUAAUUGCGCGACGAUAUAAUGUGAAUCCGGGAAAGUUGGUUGAUAUGGACGGAAGAAAAGUGUCAGAAGUAACGCAGUUGAUGUCCAGAGGUUCUUAUGUACUCAUACCUGUAGGACAGUCCUUCAGAGAUACUUGGUACUUUUUACCUGAUAAUGCGAUUGAUACGAGUUCAAACAAAGCUAUGGUAGAGGAAAGAAGUGCCCAACGUGAUCGUCUUCUUCAAAGACGACUGAAACAAGAAAAGAAAACGAAAAAAAGAAAAUCAUCUGAGCGGAGCAAAUCAGUCGGAGCGGCGUCGUCUACCAACCCGAAAAUAACAUUCAAUGGAGGGCGAAAUAAUCGUUGA